AUGGAAAAAAAAAUUGUUAGAUGUAAUUUGUCUUCAGUGAAUGUUCAAAAGAAGAAUACAGCUACAGAUGCGGUACACAUAUCAAGAUUACGUCCAUCGCAGUCACCCAUAGCUAUAUCACUACAGAAAUGCCCGACAUGGACCUCCCUGGACCCACUAAGAUUCCGAGGAUAUUGGGAUAACUUGUCUAAUGCACUACUAGUCAAUACAGGCCAAACAGCAUAUUUUACAUUUGACGCGUCCGCCUCCCGGCCCGUUCUUAAUGGCGGACCUUUAAUUGGCGAAUACAUAUUUGAACAAAUGCAUUUCCACUGGUCUGUAGAUGAAUUUACGGGCUGUGAACACGUAUUGGAUGGGCGCGGAUAUGCAGCGGAAUGUCACUUCGUUCAUUAUAAUAGUAAAUAUCAAUCUCUGGAGGCAGCUGUAGGCCAUCCAGAUGGACUCGCAGUUGUAGGCUUUUUCCUAGAAGAAGUAGAUGCUCCUAAUCCCAGAUUCGAUAAGCUUGUACACGGUUUGGAGGGUAUCUCGAAGAGAGAAAAUUCUGUUGUGGUCACUGGAGAUUCCCUAGCAUGGAUGUAUAGCAAUAAUCUAAACCAAGGUUCAUAUGUCACGUACAAAGGUUCACUCACCACGCCGCCUUACACGGAGUGUGUGACCUGGAUUUUAUAUGAAAAGCCGGUACAAAUUGGCAGCCAACAGCUGAGCCUUAUGAGGAAAUUGGAGGGACCUAACAGCGUGCCGAUCGAGAGAAACGUCAGACCCACACAGAGGCAACCACCCGGACAUUCGGUAAUCUACGUAAAGCAAUCCAAACUAUGACACUAUAUGUUAAAAAUAAAUUUAUAUACGUACAUGUGGCUCUC